AUGUGGAAAGAGGAGGUAAUGGAGGUCAUUUUUAGUUUUAAGGGGGAAGGAUAUCUUGGAAUUAAAUUUCGGAAGAAGAAUAAAUUGUACUAUUUGGUGAAUAUUUACUCUUCUUGUUGUUUGGAUAAAAAGAAAAUCCUUUGGAGAAAGUUGUUGGAGUUGAAGGAGUUGUUCAAAGACGGGGAGUGGAUUCUAAAGGGGGAUUUUAAUGCUAUUAAAAAUUGUCAUGAAAGGAGGGGGAGAUCGGAGGUCAUGAAUUACAAUGAGAUGAACUUGUUUGCGGAUUUCAUUGACAAAAGUGGAUUGGUGGAUAUUCCUUGCAAAGGAAAAAAGUAUACUUGGUAUAGUGGUGAUGGGAAAUCGUGUAAAAAAGAAUGGAAAGACCUUAAAGUAGAAGGAAGAGGUGACUUUGUGUUGAAAGAAAAAUUACGCCUCCUAAAAGAAAAACUCAAAAGGUGGAAUAAGGAGGUGUUUGGUAUAAUUGAUUUGGAAGUUGAGGAGGGAGCCAAGGAUAUCAAUUUGGGUGACACACUGUUUGAAUUGGAAGCGAAUAGUUAUCAUUCCGUAAUUGUCAACAAGAGGAAGGAAGCGACUUCUCGUUUUUGGUCUAAAUUGAGAAUAAAAGAGAAUAUGUUGGUUCAAAGGGCGAGAUUGAAAUGGCUUAAUGAAGGGGACUCUAAUAUUGGGUAUUUUCACAAAGUAAUGAAGGAUAAAAGAAUACAUAAUCAUAUAGGCCCGAUCAAUUCUUCAAGAGGUAAUUUAAACUCGGUUAGUGAAAUCAAGGAGGAAGUAGUGCGCCAUUUCUCUAACAAAUUCGGCAUAGUAGAGGAGGAAAAUUCGCUAUUAGAUGGUAUCCGUUUUGAUAUGAUUAAUGAGGAGGAUUGUAGGUGGCUUGAAAGAUCUUUCGAAGAGGUAGAAAUCAAAGAAGCUAUAUGGGGUUGUGGUGGAUCUAAAAGUCUGGGACCAGAUGGUGGCGAGCUUUCUAAGUCGAUUUCUUCUUCUUUUUUGGCAUUGGUCCCUAAGUCUUCCAAUCCUUUAUCGUUGGAUGACUAUAGGCUCGUUUGCUUGGUGGGAUGUAUGUAUAAAGUGCUAACAAAAAUUUUGGUGGGAAGAUUGAAAAGGUUUUUGAAUUCCAUAAUCUCUUAUAAUCAAAGUGCUUUUGUUCCGGAGAGACAACUUCUAGACGAUGUUCUUGUAGCUAAUGAAGUGGUUGAUUAUUCUAGAAAGGAGGGGGCACCUUGCAUUCUCUUCAAAGUUGAUUUCGAAAAAGCGUAUGAUAGUGUCUCUUGGAACUUUCUUCGUUAUAUUCUUGUUAGGAUGGGGUAUGGAGAGAGAUGGAGGAAGUGGAUGGAGAUUCUUAUUUUCAAAAGCAACAUGUCGGUGUUAGUCAAUGGUAGUCCUACGACGGAAUUUGUGGUCAAGAGAGGGUUGAGUCAAGGAGUUCAUUAUCGCCUUUUCUCUUUGUUUUAG